AUGAAUUCGUACGGCUCGCCACCCACGGUUAUCCAUGCGGGUGAUGCGCAGAAGGACGAGCUCGCCGCGUGGUACAUGAAGAAGAAGAGCAUCGACGGCUGGCUGCUGGUGAAGCCGGUCGGGUCGGGCGCAAACGGACUGGCGUUUCUGUGCGUUCGGCCCGCGAGCAAGCAGAGGGGCGUCAUCAAGGUCGGGCUGUCGGCACACGGCUCACAGUCCAUCUUGUGGGAGAUCAGCGUGUUCAAGAAGAUGCAAGAUGCGGCAAACAACGAGGAGCGGACCCGACACGUCGCGCGCAUGUUCGGAAAUGGGGUCGUGCAGGGGCAAGACGGGCACCCCGCUGCCUACGUCGUCGUGGAGUUCCUCCCCGAAGAGCUGCUGAAGGCCAUCUACGACAUGCACUACGUCGGCUUUCUCCACCGCGACCUGAAGCCCGAGAACAUGGGCGUGGAUCCCGUGGGCGUCCUCGUGCUGUACGACAUGGGCAUGGCGCGCAGCUGUCGGGAUGCUUUGGGGAGGAUGCGAGAGCCCCGCAGCUUCGUGGGGACGCGCGGCACCGAGGAGUGGGCCAGCCUGCACGCCGAGCUGGGCAGAGACCAGACCUACCUAGACGACCUGUGGGGAUGGCUCUACACCGUCACCGAAUUCGUCAACUCGCAAGCAGCCACCCAACAGCCAUGGAUGGCCUUCGAUGAUGGGCCCACCAUGCGUCGCUUCAUGAAAACCCCGCUCAGCAGGGCGUCGAUCACGUUGAGCGACAUGCCGCCGCAUUUUGCAAAAAUCUGGCUCUACCUUCACGCACUGGGAUCGCGGGAUUCACCGGACUACUUUUACAUUGGCGUAAUUAUGAACGAGGCGCGGAACAUCCAGAAGCGCCGCCGCAUGACCAACCUCGCCGAAGAGGCCUUCUUCAAGCACCAAGCCUUCCUCGAGAAGCAAUACUUU